AUGGUUGUCGUCAAGAGUCCUAUCCUCCGUCACAUACGAAGGAAACCACUCCAAUUUGUAGCACCAGUGGUGACUCUCAUACUGGUGUUGUACCUGAUCGUGGGCAGGUCCUCAGGGAAGACCAAGGGCAAAUACAGCUACAAGUCCAGGAGCAAGGGUUUGUUUUCGAGACCUAGAGAUGUGAUCCCCAGAAACUUGCCUAAUGACCACAUAUCGCAUUACGAUUUGAACAAACUUGCGUCGACGCCUAUGGCUGCUUACAACCAGGAACGUGUGCUGAUCUUGUCGCCAAUGUCCAGAUUCUAUGAUGAAUACUGGGCCAAUUUGUUAAAAUUGACAUAUCCCAGAGAGUUGAUCGAGUUAGGAUUCAUUGUCCCAAGGACCGCAGACGGUGAUGUGGCUUUGAAGAAACUGGAGAAGGCCGUCAAGCUGGUCCAGAGCCCCAGGAACAGUAAAGAAGCCAAAUUUGCCAAGAUCACCAUUCUGAGACAGGACAAUGAGUCGUUGCAAUCGCAGAAAGAGAAGGAUAGACAUGCCUUGUCUGUGCAAAAGGAGAGAAGAGCGAACAUGGCGCUGGCGAGGAACUCGCUUUUGUUCACCACCAUUGGACCUUACACUUCAUGGGUGCUUUGGUUAGAUGCUGAUAUAGUAGAGACGCCAAACACGUUGAUCCAGGACCUGGCUGGUCACGACAAACCAGUCAUUUCUGCCAACUGUUACCAGAGGUACUUCGACGACGAGAAAAAAGAAGACUCCAUACGGCCAUACGACUUCAACAAUUGGGUUGAGAGCGAUGAGGGCUUGAGAAUCGCAAGUACGAUGUCAGACGACGAUAUCAUCGUGGAGGGUUACCACGAUAUCGCCACAUACAGACCCUUGAUGGCUCAUUUUUACGAUCCCAACGGAGACGUGAACACUGAGAUGCAAUUGGACGGUGUUGGAGGAGCUGCCGUAAUGGUGAAAGCUGAUGUUCACAGAGACGGUGCCAUGUUCCCCAGUUUCCCAUUCUAUCACUUGAUCGAAACCGAAGGAUUUGCCAAGAUGGCGAAGAGGCUGGGUUACGAGGUAUUCGGGUUGCCAAACUAUCUCGUGUUUCACUUCAACGAAUAG